GGUAUUCCUUGCAGUUUUUGCAGUAACCGCUAGAUGAUCAAUAUCUCCUUCCAGUAAAGAGUGUCUUUCGUGUUGCUUUUUGAGCAUUUUAUAUCUGAAGCCUGCGUUAGCACUUGAGUUGGCUCCACUUGAUAAACGUCAUGUACCAGUAUUUACAAAUACUGCUUAUUUUUGUUCUAAACUAAUAAGAAGGAAAUACAAAUAAUACAAUUCACUGUUGGUGAAAUGAGAGUAUAGACUACCGUUUAGUUAUUUGCUGCGGAUUUGUGAUAUGCCUUUGACUCAGAAAACGCAGAGAUUGCUUGCAGUUUGCAGGAUUUUUAAGGGUGAUUGCGACAUUUAAAAUGUCUAGUCUAAUCUUUGGUCCCCUGGUCCUCCAUUAGCAGUGUUUAAUACUUUUGGUUUUCAUUUUCAAACAAACAAACAAAAUUACAGAAAUCAAAUUGCUAAAUGUGAUGGGUAUUAACACAGGACUUCGGAUAGACUUUGGAAAAAUAAAUGCAGUAUUCCCUUUUUGGAAAGAACGUGGAUUUAUACCUCUUAGGACAAAUAUGUGAUGGCAAACCUUUGUUUUCUAUUAUUUUCCUUUUUUUUUUUUUUUUUAAAUGUAUUAUUAUUUUUUCUAAUUUUGCAAUGCACUCUCGCGCAGGCGUGUAGGGUGGAAUUCUGCAGCCCUGAUUCAGCGCAGUUCUGUUACAUGUUAAGAAAGGAAAGAACAGAACAUAGACCCUAAAAAUGCAGGGGCCACACUUUUCUGACUGCGGUAAACGGAUUUAUUUUUGAUCAUAAAGACCUCCUGACUUGUGCCCAAGAAUGUCAGGGAAACCAAAGGCAGAAUCGUCAGAGGGAGCAGCCUCCAAAACCAAGGUAAAAGAACAGAUCAAGACAAUUGUGGAGGAUCUGGAAACUGUCCUGGGUGAUUUGAAGGAUGUGGCUAAAGAACUCAAAGAGGUUGUUGACCAGAUAGAUUCACUUACCUGUGACCUGAAGCUGGAGGAAGAAAUGACUGACAGCUCCAAGACAGAUACGUUCAACAGCAGCUCCAGCAGCAGCACCACCACCAGCACCACCACCACCACCACUGCCUCCAGCUUGGAAAAGGUCAAAUUGCACUCAAAAGGACAAAUUAUAAAGCCACCUCCAGCUGUCCUUACAGUGCUAAAGAAACCAAAACCACCUCCCCCACCACCGCGGUUAACUCCUGUCAGAUGUGACUCCAGUAAGAUUCUACCUGUGGAGAUACCUUUGAAACUUAAUGGGACCCUUCUUCGGAAUGGAGUUUUACCAGGGACACAGAAAAAGGUGCUGAAUGGGGAUGUAUGUUGCAUUCCCAAAAACAUUGUAGAAAAAGUGCCCACAUCACUGCCUCUGCAUAGACCUGACAAAGGCAGAUGUCCGCAGGCGACUAGAGAGCGAGUCAGAUUUAGUGAAAAAGUACAAUAUCACGGUUACUGUCCAGACUGUGAUGUGCGAUAUGAUAUCAAAAACCGGGACGUGCACUUACACCCUGGACCCAUUCACACAAAAUUAAAAUCGCCUCAUCACUGUCCCCCACAGCCCCCUCCUUUACCCCCUUUAGAAAAUGGUGGGGCAUGCAUCAGUUCCAGUCAUAGCUUUCCCCCUGUGCCUCCACCAACUGCCCCUAAACCCCAAAAAACAAUCCUGAGAAAAUCAACAACCACAACCGUUUGAUGUAUACCACUAAAAAAUGAUUACUAUUAAAAUAAAUAAAUAAAAACAAAUGUAAUGAGCACUUUCUACUCCAGAAAUAAAAG